AUGCUUAACGGCGGAUUACAGCGCCGUAAAGUAGACUUGGAUUUCUACUUGCAGCGUGUCUUCCGUAAGGAAUCAUUUCGUCCUCUUCAACGCGACGUUAUAACAGCUGCGGUUGAGGGUCAUGAUGUUUUUUUGCAGGCAUCGACAUCCUUUGGAAAGAGCUUGUGCUUCCAGCUGCCUGCUGUCCUCAGUCAUGGCGUUACUGUUGUGGUUUGUCCUCUGCUCGCUUUGAUGACAGAUCAAGUGAAUGCACUUCAGGAUCUGGGAGUAGCAGUAUCCACCAUCAACUCGACGACUCCUCUAGCUGAGAGACGGCUUAUUAUAGACGAUCUCCUUUCUGGGCAUCCGAGAACACGUCUCUUGUAUGUGACGCCGGAAUUAUGUCAGACAGUGGCGUUCAGGCGGACUCUUCAGACUAUGCAUUCACAGGGAGAGUUGAUCCGCAUAGCAAUUGAUGAAGCACAUUGUAUUAGCGAAUGGGGCCACGACUUUCGUCCCGCAUACAAACAGCUUUCUUGGUUCAGGCGUCAUCUGAACCAGCCACCAGUCCCAAUAAGUGCUUUCACGGCCACAGCGACCCCACGUGUGCGCGCAGAUAUCAUCAACAUCCUUGGAUUAGAGCCUGCUCGGCUGAAGUUGUUCAACACUCCCUCUGCUAGGCCGAACAUCCACUAUGAGAUCAGAUACCUCGAAAAUUUUGCAGAAGAUCCGCUUGAAAUCGAAAACUUCCAACUGAACGACCUCCACUCGUGGUUGAAAUCCAUCCAAACGCGACGAGAAGCUAGGCUAGAUGCUAAGGACGCAGCACUCCCCCCGAUUUUCGGCAUUGUCUACGUGCCUUACCGCAUAAUUGCUGAACAGCUAGCCACUGCUCUUACGAAAGUGUCUGAUGGAAGCAUUCGUGCAGUAGCUUAUCACGCCGGCCUUUCUCCGGAAGACAGGAAUCGUGUGCAGACUGAGUGGACCGCAUCAAGGCCUUUGGCUGCAGAUGAAGGCCCACAUCCUUCAUUCUAUAUCAUCGUUGCGACUAACGCGUUCGGUAUGGGCAUUGAUAAUCCCCACGUUCGUUUUGUGGUCCACUGGACUCCUCCUCGCAGCUUCGAGGGUCUCGUUCAAGAAUCUGGCCGUGCAGGCCGAGACGGCCGUGCCGCGGCCUCUCUCAUCUACUAUAACACCCAGGAACGAGACCGGGUGCUCGACCGCCUGUACAAGGACGUCCAGAACGCCAAGAUUCGAGCUGGUAUUAAAGGCGACAAGGGCAAUGAAAACCAAGACUCGUCUACAAAAGCCGUACAUAACUUGCAGAGCCACAGUGCCCGACUGCAGAGCUUCAAACAGGUUGUCCGAUACUGCGAAACAGUGACACAAUGCAGACAUGAACUCAUCAAGGACUUCUUUGGGGACCAGGAGCUCGAGAUGAUGGGGUCCCAAGUCGCAGGCCGCAAUGUCAAGGGAGUGACCUCGUCCCCCUGUGACUUUGCAUGUGAUUUUUGCAAGUAUGGCACGGUUGAGCUGGCAAAACGAAAAGCGAGCAUGCCCCCCCAAAGCGACCCUUCAGCGUUUAUGGACUGCAGCCUUGUUCAGAAUACCCAAAGAAUGUUUAGUGAUCUCCACUAG